AUGAUGUCUACGAAUAUUCUAGAGCAGGUCAAGCUAUUUCUCAAUCGAAGAGACAUCCUCGGUGUAUUCUAUAAUAAAACGGGAAAUACCAGUACCCUAGAGCAGACCACUCAAGACUUUAAAGGGUAUGCGAGUUUAAACUCUACAACGGUUCCAAGAACUACCUUUGAUUCCUUGGAUAAAAUAUUACGGAAAGGUGAUCUGACGACUCCAGUACUGCUUAAGACAGGUAUCAAAAUCUUUUUUUCAUAUUCAGUAAGCAAGUAUGCUGUUCUAUGUUUUUGCACCGCCAUUAUGUUGAAUAGGCUAUCUGUAAUGUCUUCUCUGAGAUCAAAUUCCACAAAUAUUCGCCUGCCCCUUUGGUCAAAAACUUUACUUCAUUUGGUGGCUGCUCUGUCACUGACUAGUGCAUUUUCACAAAUCUUGGGUCAGAUCGGUUUCAUAAACAAAUUGCAUACAGAUGAUAUGGAUGCUUAUGCGUUGAGUGUUUAUUUAUUAACAAUUUUGUCUGAUUGCAUUGAGAUUUUUGUUUCUUCAACGACAAACGCUAUCCCAUUAAAGAGCUCCGAUUUUUCUAUAUGGGGUUUAUCAUUAAAUCUCUAUAUCAUAUCCAAACUACCCGCAAAGGAGCAACACAUGGGCGAUAAUGUAAAACUAUUAGCAGCAGUCUCUCACAGACUAAUAAUUCAUUUACUGGAGCUACUGCAUUUGAGAACCUAUAGGUUGUUUGCAGAUGCCAUUUUAAAUGUAGGGUUUUUCGCAUCAUUCAUCGCUAGAGCCUAUUUGAACGGCCUUGAUUUUAUUAAUAUCUGUCUCGUCCAUAAUUGUUUCCCUAGUUUUGCUUAUAUUUUGGUUAUCUUGCUGGCAUCUGUAGGCGAUAUUUCGAAGGCUUUAUUCACCGGUAACCUCUUCCGAUCACUAUCAUCAAGAUAUCGAACUUUAGCAAAGUGGUGGAAGUCAAAUAGUUACAAUGGAGAAGAGGAAUUCAAUGAAAUUGCUCUCUCAUUGUGCCUUUUUUUAACAACGAAUGACCGUACUGUUUUCAAAAAGUCUCACAAGGAUUCCCAAAACCCCGUUGACAAAGCUGCUGCUUUGAGUAACAGUUAUAUGGUUAGUGGGUAUUUGAACCAACUUCAGUCGACUCCAGAGGAUAUGUUAUCUCACAAGGAAAUGACUACUGAUUCUCAGUUACCAAGUUUCAUUACUACAUACUUAGGUUUUUUUCAAUUGGUAAAGGCAAUAUCUUUGAACUCUUUCCAGCUUUUAAAAGGCCUUGUAUGGAAUAAAAACCUGGAAACAAACAGAGAUCAUAAAUCGAAAGGAAAAAAAUCGAAGAAGAAAGAUUUCAACAGAUACGUUACGGAAAAAAACUACAAAAAGUUUCUGUAUAAACCGGAUGUCAAGGACUUUGACUCCGGAAGCGAUCCUCGAUGCCGGGAGCUAUUGCUCCCUGAAGAUGACUCAUCAAAGGACUACGUUCCUCCUAAAGAAAACGACGAUAGCAUUUCAGAUGAGGAAUUUGACAACGAUGGUGAAAGUCAGUUGAUUAUGGAAGAAAAGGAGGCGUUAACACGUCUAUCGACCAACCCCGUUGGUUCAGAUAACGUAAGGGACCUGGCUUGGAAUCUCUCAAUGUGGUCCAUUUUAAAAUAUGAAAUGGAUGAAAAUAACAAGAUUAAGGGACCAUUAACGAGAUCUCAGUACGGCAAAAGAAAUUGUGAAGGUAUUUUGGCUGAUACAGUUAUUGAACGCCUUUUACACCAGAAUUCUAGUCAUAUAUAUAAACGUUCAGAGGUGGAAGAAGAUAAAGAAUCAGAAUUCCAGUUCGAUCUUCCUCUCGGUGAUUGCGAUGAAAUGGAUAACAUUGAUCUCGCUUGCCUGAUUUGUAAAGCUAACAAAAGAAACAUUGUAACUUGGCCAUGUAGAUGCCUUGCUCUAUGUGAUGAAUGCAGAAUACUGCUUGGCUAUAAAGGGUUUAGUACAUGUGUCAGCUGUGAUAGUGAUGUAAAGGGUUACAGUAAGCUGAAUAUCGUUUGA